AUGCUACGAAUUUUGGAGAGGGUCGCUGGGCCCAAUCUAGGAUUUGGGGGUCGUGGGUCAGUUACGGAACGACUCCGGUCCAUUUGGGCUGAGUUAUUCAGGGGUGUCGUGAGAGUAGCCCCUAACGUGGCUGAGUACUGGAUGGAGGCCACAGAGAGAAUUAUGGAUGACCUGGAUUUUACUGUUGAACAAAAGUUUAAAGGGGCUGUCUCUCAGUUACGUGAUGAGGCAUACCAGUGGUGGCUCACGGGUAAAUAUGCGAGGGCUAGCUACAUUGAUGCCAUGAGGUGUAAGUUCCUUAAUCUCACCCAAGGUGACCGUUCAGUGGCCGAGUAUGAGGUCGAGUUUCUGAGGUUGAUCCGUUAUGCACGAGGCAUGGUGGUGACUAAGUAUAUGCAUUGUGUCCAGUUUGAGGAUGGUCUCAGGGACAGUUUGCAAGUUCUGUUAACUCCGCAGAGGGAGCGUGAUUUCUCUGUUCUAGUUGAGAAGGUGACGAUCACCGAGGAGGUUAAGCGCAUUGAGCGCCAAAACCGAGAGAAAGGAAAGAAUAAGAGGGAAUUAGAGCCCUCGAGUUCUGCUAUAAGGCUAAAAAAAAGGCCAGACCUGAUGGGCCAGUCAGAGUUGGGGCCCCUGUUGUACCUGUUGGGGUAG